AUGGCUUCUCUACCACCACCAGCUCUUUCCACCGCCGCAUUUCGCCCAUCAUCCAGCCUUCGAACAUCAAAAUACCUUCCCAUUAACGCUGCACGAAUUUUGUGUAGCGCCGCCGAUGGCAAAAUUGAUAGAAGAGACGUUCUUAUUGGGAUAGGCGCAGGCGGCCUCUACGGAGCUUCGUCCUUCACCAAAGAUUCCACCUUUGCCCUUGCCGCUCCAGUUCAAACUCCCAACAUUAGCAAGUGUGGCCCACCAGACUUGCCACCUGGCGCCGAUCCAACCAACUGCUGCCCGCCUCCGACCACUUCGAUCAUCGACUUCCUGCCACCGGCGCCGGGAAAACUACGCGUCAGGCCAGCUGCCCAUUUGGCGGAUCAAAGCUACAUAGACAAAUAUAAGAGAGCCGUUGAGCUAAUGAAAGGGCUGCCCGAAGAUGACCCACGUAGCUUCAUGCAACAAGCGAACGUUCACUGUGCUUAUUGUAACGGAGGGUACGACCAAGUGGGGUUUCCAGUUGAGGUGCAAGUUCAUAACUCGUGGCUGUUUUUCCCAUUUCACCGUUAUUAUCUCUACUUUUACGAGAAGAUAUUGGGAGAGCUAAUUGGAGAUCCCACCUUCGCCUUGCCCUUUUGGAACUACGAUGCUCCUGGGGGUAUGAAAAUGCCAGCCAUGUACGCCGACCAAAACUCGUCCCUUUAUGACCAACUUCGGAACCAAAAUCAUCUGCCGCCAACAUUCAUAGAUCUGGAUUUCGAUGGGGUUGAUUCAAACAUAGGCGAUAAUGCGCAGAUAAGAAGUAAUCUUAGAAUUAUGUAUCGCCAAAUGGUUUCCAAUAGUCGUACCCCCAAGCUGUUUUUCGGCAGCGCCUAUGUAGCCGGAGACGAACCAUCACCAGGAGGUGGGUCGGUGGAGAACAUCCCACACAAUACGGUUCACACAUGGUGCGGCGACAACAACGAGCCCAACCUAGAGAACAUGGGCAACUUCUACUCCGCGGCCAGAGAUCCCAUCUUCUACUCCCACCACUCCAACAUAGACCGAAUGUGGUCCGUCUGGAAGACCCUCGGCGGAAGGCGACAGGACCUACAAUACCCUGAAUGGCUCGACGCCUCUUUCAUUUUCUACAACGAGAAGGCCCAAGCCGUGCGAGUCCGAGUCCGAGACUGUCUCGACACCAAAAACCUCGGCUACAUCUACCAAGACGUGGAACUCCUAUGGCUGGAAACCCGCCCCACGCCUCGUCGAGCCCUCAGAGCCCAAAAAAGCGUCGACAGUAAUGUCCCCUCCAGGCGCGUGAAACCGGCAAGGAUCAAGUUCCCGGUGACUGUGAAGUCGGCGGUCAGCACGGAAGUGAAGAGGGCGAAGAAAUCAAGAAGCAAGAAGGAGAAAGAGGAGGAAGAGGAGAUUUUGGUGAUUAAGGGAAUCGAAUUCGACCCGAACACGGCCAUUAAAUUGGAUGUUUAUAUCAACGAUGAAGACGACAGCGAAAUCAGAGGCGAUAAUACAGAGUUUGCAGGGAGCUUUGUGAACGUGCCGCAUAAACAUGGGCACAAGAAGAAGGUGAAGACGGGGCUUAGAUUGGGGAUAAGUGAAGUGCUUGAGGAUUUGGAAGCUGAUGAUGACGACAGCAUCAUCGUCACUAUUAUCCCCAGGCUUGGAGCUGGUCUCGUGUCCAUAGCUGAGAUCACGAUGGAAUAUGGAGAUUAAUUUU